CGAUACUCCAUUUUUACCAAGUCCCCUUUUACCAGUGUUCUUGCAACAUGAGCUUUCUUGUCCAACUUACCAGCAGAUCCCCCAUUCUCAGACGCAACGUACGCGCCUUCUCUACCGAAGCCGAAGAAACUGGCAAAAUGACGACAUUCCGUGGAGGUGUGUUAGGCUUCCUCUUUGGUGUCACUGUCACUGGUGCAGCAGGUUAUUACUAUCUCUUGGAAGAAUAUAACAAUGCAUCGGCUGCGCUUUCCAAGUCGGUUGAUGAAUUACAAGAAUCUACUGAAAAAGUACGCAACUAUGCUCGUCGAAUUGAAGCUAUUGAUCGCGAUGUCAGCAAACUCAAAGAAUCCACCGCCAGUCUGCAACAACUCCAUGAAUUAAGGGCCGAAUUCCGAAAAUUAUACGAUACCUUGAAUUUGGAACAUCUGGAAUUGAAGACACAUAUCUGGGGUAUAGAGAAAGAUCUGAAUCAGGGAUCUUCCAAGCAUUGAUAAAGAGAAACAUUUUCCCAAAAAAAAACUUUUUUAACCGACAAUUUCAAUUGGUGGAACUUUUGACCAGUAGCGUGAAAAAAAAUUUGUGGUGAAGGACAAAGCUCUUCACGGACAUUCUCGAUUGGUAACAAUAAAGCUAUAAAAAUAAAUUUUGUAUAUCAAUAAAAGGAAAGGUGGACAAUCUCAUAUUUGGAC